AUGUUGAAGGUAGCAUCAUCGUCUGGUCGGCAACGUCAUCAAGAUCAAUUUAUUCCGUUAAAAAACGUUGCUGUCGAAGUGAAGAUCCAUUCAUUUGCAGCAGAAGUUUGCAUCAAACAAGUUUUCAUCAACAGCGAAGAAACAAGCGCACCGGUCGAAGCUGUCUAUUGUUUUCCUGUCGACGAACAAGCGGCCAUCCAUAGUUUCGAAGCGACAAUCGACGAUGGACGAAAGAUUCAAGGACAAAUUAAAGAAAAGAAAGCUGCACAAAAAGAUUAUUGUCAAGCAUUAAAGAGAAGAGAUGGUGCAUUCUUGCUCGAACAAGAUGAAAACUCGAAUGAUAUCUUUACUAUCAGUAUUGGUUCGCUUAAAACACAAUCGAAAUGUGAAAUAGAACUUCGCUAUGUUCAAGAGCUUGAAUUAAUCGAUGAUGGUCAACGCAUACAAUUCGUUCUACCAACAACUAUUGCACCACGAUAUAGUUCUGUAUCUGCCGGUCACGGUCAUAUCAAAUCGCCUGGAUCAACAUCGAUUCAAUACGUACAAUCAACACCAUACACGAUUUCAUUUUCUUGUAUAAUUUCAUCAUUACCCAUCGCAUCGGUCGGUUCGCCAUCACAUCCAAUCGAAGUUUCACCGCAAUCAAGUAGCGACACAUAUCCAUCGAUAAAUGCUCGUUUAUCACAAGAAAACACUCAUCUUGAUCGUGACAUUAUUCUUAAUAUUGCUCUUCAGCAGCAACGAACUCUUACGUAUACUCUCGUCGAAAAACAAGCAGUAAUGGUUUCACUGGUUCCAACAUUAGAGCUUUGCGACAACACCAAUCGAAUAAAAAAAGUGAAUUGCGAAUAUAUCUUCGUAGUCGAUUGUAGUGGAUCGAUGGAUUCUGAGAAUAGAAUUGAUUAUACCCGACAGGCCAUGUUAGUAUUUAUUAAAAGUUUACCGAUUGACUCGCAUUUUAAUAUCAUUCGAUUUGGUUCCUCCUACGAAAUGUUCCAGAAAAAGAAAAAACUGACAAUCGAAUACAAUGAAAAAACGGCUCAACAAGCAGUCAAGUAUAUCAACAAGAUGAAAGCUGAUUUGGGAGGAACGGAACUUCAUUCGGUUCUUUCUUAUUUAAAAGAAACUCCGCCGGAAGAAAAUUAUUCACGACAAGUUUUUUUGUUAACUGAUGGAGAAAUUUCUGAUGUUGACUCAGUUCUUCGCCUUUGCCAUUCGAUGUCGAAUACCACUCGCAUCUUUUCCUUCGGACUUGGCUCAUCACCAAGCCGAGCCUUAGUCAAAGGCUUGGCUAGAAUGACAAAUGGUUCAUACCUAUUCAUUCCACCCAAAACUCAUGUCGAUGUCGCAGUUACUCGACAGUUAUAUAAAGCACUUGAACCAUGUUUAGUCAACGUUAAAGUGCGAUGUCAUUUUGAUAACAAUGAAUUCGAAAACUGUCGAAUUUCACCGAAAAUUUUACCACCUAUUUAUGCUAAACAACGGCUUAAUGUAUACAUUAUGAUGCCAAAACACAUCGAAGGAAAGUUAUCAGGCACAGUGGAAUUCCUCACGCAGAAUAACGAUCUACUCGAACGUGUGACACUUACGAAUGUUCAGCCUUCGUCAACAUUGCUUGCAACACGUUUGGCAGCGAAAUCCAUCAUAAUGGAUCUUCAAGUUGAUGAUUAUCAGUCGACUGCCUCUCGUCAAACACGUUUUACUGAACAAGAGAAAAAUGAUGUUCGGCAAGAACUGGUUGAUAUUUCAGUUCAGCAUCAAGUGCUUUCACCGUUUACUGCAUUUAUUGGCAUUGAAACGCGAACUGAACAGGAAAGAGCUGCCGUAGCGUCAGUCGGUGACAUGGUUCUUCGAGAAGUACCAAUUGAAAUCAACGGUGGAGGCCAAUCAUCCUUCAAUUGUAGUCCUACAUCUCCAAACUUCUCUCGGUCGUCAUUCAGUGAUGAGGACGACGAAGAGCUAACUUUGUUCACUUCAUAUUCUAAGAAAUCGUAUACCAACCGUAAAAGAGCACGAUCACGAUCACGAUCACGGUCACGAUCACGGUCACGAUCACGGUCACGAUCACGGUCACGAUCACGAUCAGCUCGGCUCAGAGACUCAUCGAGUUCAAUGGAGCAGUUGGAUACUGGCGAUAGUGAAUCAGAAACAGAACAAACAACUGCUAGCAACUCCUCCGAUGUAAUCCGAGAAAUCAUUGCUUUACAAAACUUCAAUGGCCUAUGGUCAACAAACGAUCUCCAACAGAUCGAUGCAUUACUUCAGAAGAAAACCAUUACGGUCGAUUUGAAGAAGAUUAUUAGCGAUUUUCACGAUAAAAUUAAUGAUACGAUAUUAUCAAUAAUCAUCAUGUGCGUUUUGGCAAAAUACUUUCCGACUGAUGAACCAUUAUGGAAACCUUUGGUAAAAAAAUGUGAGAAAGUGUUAGAAGGUCAACUUGGGAACAAUGAAUCAGCUCAGAUAAUAGGCAAUAUAAAACAAUUAAUUUGA